AUGGCUCCUCUCGGGCUCCCUGGAUAUCGCUCCACCGCUGCAUACUGUUUCGACGAAGAACAGGCCGACGGCAUUAUUCGAACCACCGCCUACCAUCGCAGAGACUUUUGCCUUGCUGUGAUUUGGUACUCGCCUCGUGAACACUUCGUGAUUCGUUCAUCAAUAGCGACGCCCUUCGACCAGACUGCAAAUGCUGGAUUCGGGGCCCUCGAUCGAUUACCCCUCGAGCUAUUGUAUAACACGUUUUUCCACAUGGAUAUGCAGUCUCUAUUCAAGUUUCGACAAAUAAAUCGCAUGUCAAGAAAGAUGGUAGACUGUCUCAACCAGUAUGAACUGGUAGCUACGCAUGGAUUGAACCUUUUCUGCACCUUGUUACGAACGCGACUUGCUAGCCGCAUUUCUCUCUUGGACUUUUACAACGCACUAUGUACGAAGGCUUGUACCCUUUGUGGCGAAUUUGGUGGAUUCAUAUCCCUCCCAUCCUGGACACGGUGCUGUUUCAAAUGCCUCCAAGAGGCUCCAGAAACCCAAGUACAGACUCUUGCCUCUGCCCGAAAGCAAUUUCACUUGACUCAAGUUGAAUUAGACCGAUUAACCUCAUUUAAGACCUUGCCUGGAAUAUACACUAUGGAGGAAUCUAAAUACAAACGCCGUAUUGCGAUUGUUUCUUCUCAUCAAGCUAUGCUGGCUUCCAAAAGGCAAUCGCAUGAACCUACGCAAGCUCAGCCAUCCAACCCCGAAAGAAACAACAAAUUCAACUUUAUGGGGUCGUGCGCGCUUUCAUAUUACGAUAAACAAAAUGAUAAGAUCGAAGAUGGAAUUUCAUGUGUCGGGUGUCAACUUAGCCUUGAAAAAAAACUCCUCGGCAAUAGUGCCGAGAAUGGCACUGGGCCCGAAAAAUGGGCAUUUGACGUCCGAGAUAAAGUGUAUUCGCGAGCCGGCCUUUUGGAACAUUUUAGAUGGUGUGAACAGGCACAGCUCCUAUGGACAUCGAGCGAUGAAGGUAAAAUUAUGCCACCCGACCUGUUUUCUCAUCGUUUCGCGUACAACAAACUUCAAUUCAUGACAGACAGUUGA